AUGGAUUUAGUAAUUUGCAAAAAUGAUGUGUUAAUUUGGAUAUCCCCUUGCAUGAAUCAAAGUAAUUUUUUUAAAAAGCAAGAUAAACUCUUAUAUAUAGAGCAAAUAGCCUUUAAAAAUAUGAAAGAUGCACCUAAUGAAGAAACUGACAUUGCAAAAAAACAAGGAUCUAUUGGUCUUGAUGGUGUUCCAGAAAUUACAGUUAUUUGUGACGGAACCUGGAGUAAACGUUCUUAUAAAAGAAAUUAUAAUGCAUUGUCAGGAGCUGCCGUUAUUAUCGGCAAAAAUACAGGAAAAUCUUCACAUCUGGGGACUGAUAAUGAUACUGGAGACGAAGACGGUUAUGGUCUUGAAGAUUUCGAAGAUCUACUAGAAUCGGAAGGUUUGUUGAAUCUAACGAUGAAGAAAUGCCAUCAAAGAGACAAAUACUAA